GUCAAACUCAUCAAUUUCUAAUUAUUAGUUAUUGGAAACUUUUUUUAUUAAUGUUUUCUAGUUGAGGGGUUCUUUGUAUUUCUUGUUAGUAUCAUGCUAAUACUAAUUUCAGGCAAUACAAAUAUUUUAUUUUAAUGAUUUUUUUAUUUUAAGAUAUUGACCACGAUGAUGAAGAAAGGGGUUUGCUUGUCAUUAUAAAAAAAUUAUGAGGCACACGCAAUGUGGAUCUAUUCGUACAUUUAAAAAUUUUAAGUAUCAAAAUAUAAGAUAUAUAAUUUAUAGCUACUAAAAUAUUAUUUUGCAUCAAUAAUUUGUAGCUACUAAAAAAAAUAGUUACUACAUCUUAAAAUAUAUUAAUUUAGGUAUCAAAACUCUAAUUUACCUAUGGAACCACAAGUUUAUUAAAAAGGGUCACAAGUUCCCUAAACACACACCAGAAACCUCAUAUAGCAGACCACAAGUUUAUUAAAGUGCACUUCUACAAACCAAAAGGAAAAAAGAAAAAGCAGUCACAAGUUGAUUAAAACAAACAACGAGUUCUCUGAAGCAUACCGAAAACCUCAUAACGCAUACGACAAGUUUAUUAAAGCAUACCACAAGUUUCUUAAGGUAAAUCACAAGUUUCCUGAAACAUACCAAAAACCUUAUAACGCAUACCACAAGUUUAUUAAAGCAUAUCAGAAGUUUAUGAAAGCCGACCGCAAAGUUUCUUAAACCAAACAAGAAAUCUUAUAAAGCAUACCACAAGUUUCUUAAAAUGGACCACAAACUUCAUCAAAUUGGACCUAUAUGUAAAUUAUUAAAAUGUAAGACAUACAAUUUUAAGUUACUAAAAUGUAAUUUCCAUUAAUAUUUUAUGACAUAUGUGCAAAAGUGAGUAUAAAUCGGUCACUUGGUAUAUUGGAAUCAUCAAAUCCCAUUUAUUAUCGUGAUUUUUUCAAAUCCAAAGCGCGAGCAAAUUUGACACCAAAAACUUUUCUUUACAUGACUCCCAAAUUCAGUAUGCAUGUUUAGGGCCUUUAAAUAGCGGAGUUGGAAAAACAUGUUUAGGGCCUUUAAAUGGCGGAGUUGGAAAAACCUCAUUGAUGUUGGAUACGAAAUGCAACACCAAAAUCCAUUGAUCUAAAAACCCCUAUGUUUCUGUUUACACCUAAAAAUAAUUUGGCCUGAAUUAAAUGCCACAUUAAUUAGUCUCGGCAUUUAAUUCGAUAUCGCAGGACAAAAAACGAUGUCGUUUGGAGUCGAGCAAUACCGCGGAGAAUUUAAGCGAGACCGCGGUACUUGAAACGACAUUGGUUGCAGACCAUGUGUGAGUCAUGCGCAUGACAUGUAUUGCUGUUGGACAAGGAAUGUUCUUUUUAUUCUAUUUUUCCUUGUCAGAGGAGGAGAGUAACAGCACCGUUUGGAGUCAAGCAAUGUUGCGAAGAGAUAAAACGGUGCCGCGAACCUCAAAGCUCAACGGCAUCGCGAGACAGGGAAACAGUGUCGUUUGGCUAAAAACGGCACCGCGACAAGCGGCAUCACGGAUGAGUUAAAACGAUACCGCGAGUAAGCCCAACGGUACCGUUGUGCUAGAGAAAACGACAGUGUUUAAUAUAAAACAAUGUCGCGGAGGAAAAGCAAACGGAGCUGUUUGAGGAAGAAAACGACACCGCAAGUAAGCCCAACAAUGUUGUGGUACGUGAAAUAUUUAAUUAAUGCGGUGUCGCAAGGCUAAAAAUGCCAACGCAGCGGAAUUUAUGUUGCGGUCGCAAAUUCAGUGGCGUUGCGAGUUCGACAACGCCGAGAAAUUCAACGAUGCCGCAAGGCCAAAACAACAUCGUGGAGCUCAACGACGUAGUGAGCUUGACGGUGUUUCAAGCUGAGCAAUGCCGUGAAUGGGUUCAACGACGUCGUUAUGGAAACUUUGUUGGUGGAGGUGUAAACGACGUCGCGGGCUCAUGAAAAUAACGGAGUUAUUUUCUUGCACGGGAGAUUCGGAAGUGAAGAGAAUAUCAAAGCAGUUGAAGACUACGACUCUGUGGAUAAGAGUGAAGACACGUGGGAGUUCACGACGGAGCGGUUGAGGAAGCAGUUCCGCAGGGCGUGAAGACUAUGCAAGUGAUUUCAAAUAAAAGCAGCGGAGCAAGGAGAGAGAAAGGGACAACCAAAUCAACACAGAAACACCUCUGUCAAAACUUUACCUUUUCUCUGUAACUCCUUCGCGGAGCUCUCCUUCCAGGAAGGAUCUCCAUAGUUGUAGUCUUAGUCGUAGUCGCGGAGCUCUCCACAGGAAUCUCCAUAGGAGUAGCGGUAGCGUAGAUUCCUAAAAACUCAAACACCCUCGUUCGAACGUAGUUUGGAGAGGUGCGAACCGUAGUAACGGUCGUUCUUGGUUAGAAGUCAGAGGUGCAUCGAUCAAAUCAACAUCGCCCCGCGGUGGAUAUUUGACGGUCACGUUGAUUUCACCAUUCAGAGGUGCAUCGAUCAAAUCAAUGGCGCCGACAUUCGGCGGCGGAUAUUUGACGGUCAUCUCGAUUUCAACAAUCAGCGGUGCAUCCGAUCAAACGGCACCUCAAGAGUUUCCACUGCGAGACAUCAAAUCAACAUCGCCGGAAACCAAAAUCGGCACCGGCGGUGGCAUUUGAUUUUCCCGAGGAAACAUUUUGGCACGCCCGGUGGGAUACGUGUGUUUGAAGUGAAAUAUGACUCUGCGGCAUGGAAAACACUACAUUGAUCUUCCACAAGAAUCUGUGAAGGUGGAGCAUGUGGUCGGCAUUGAAGUUUACCAAGCAGAGGAGGCAGAUAGACAUAUCGGUUGGAUGAAGGAGUGGCCCCAAUCCAUGUCGAGCAUCGAUGGGCAUGUUGCACUCCUGUCUCUUCGUCGAUCUGUAGAGGAGUAUUACCGGCAGGUAAAUCUCUAUUUUAUCUCUUUAAAUAAGCCUUGUGAUUCUCUUGGAAGACAUAUGGACCAAUUUUUUGAGAUGAUAGAUGAACAUGUUUCCGGUAUUGCCAAUAAGGAUUCACUUAAACUUGUGGCUAAAACAGUGGCGUUAGGGGCCAGCAAAUCUCAUGUUGGUUCUCCUGUGAACACUAUUGUUUUGAAUGACAGGAAAGUUAGAGCGGUCUUGCGAAAGCCACAACAAAGAACAAAAUUUAAACGUGUUUAUAAUAAGUUUCAGAAAAUUAGGAAGAACAAGUGUGAUAUCUUGAAAGAUGACAAAUUUUACGGCAUUGUUCAAUCUAAGCCGCUAGGGGGGCAUGUCAUCCCAGAUCGUGGUAGAUUGAAGGAGAAACAACACCGUAAGUGGCAAAUAAGUUUGCCACAUCCACCUUAUUGUAAGAAAAAUCGAACUGGGGUCACCACAGACACUAUUCAAGAUGGAGGUGGUGACCACGUGAAAAAAACCAAUCCCGCAAGAAUUGGCAUGAAUCAAAAGAACCCUCAUUGUAAUUUGUCCCCAAAGCCUCCACUGAGUGAACAUGUGGGCAAAUUCAAUCAAACCCGACAUGGGGUUGCCACGCCAAUGCUGGCUGGGAACAAAUCUUCCAUGAUUUUUGGGCAGGGGGGCAAGCUAAAUGUCCAAAAAAUUCCAAUCCCACGUGAAAAUUCAAAAGAUACCAAGUGGUUAUGUGAUAUGUGCAAAAAUCAAAAUAACCACAUGACUGUUGAUGAAGCUCGUAAGCCUCAAACUCAACAACGUCGUGAGUGUGUGUGCAGAUGACAAAACAAGACCAGUCUGGGCAAGCGAUGCCACAUGGUCGAUUUGGUAGGACAAAGACGUUAAAAAACUCCAAUGUCCCGCCAAGAGUAAAAAACACCGGUGAUUUUCUCUGUCACGGCCCUAUGACGGUCAUCUCGAGGAAACAGUUUCUUUUUAAAUAUUCACUUGUUUUUUAAUCAUGAAUCUUUUUCAUAAAACUUAAUUUUGACA